AUGGCUAAAAUCGGAAGCUUUCUUAUUCUUAUUUCUCUCGCUUGCUCUCUUACGCUCUGCAUCUGCGAUGACGACGAGAACAAUUAUGGUGGCAACAGAGGCAACCUUUUCACAGGUUUCUACAGCAGAUCCUGCCCUAAAGCCGAGGAGAUCGUGAGGUCAGUCGUAGCUCAAGCUGUUGCAAGAGAGACUCGUAUGGCUGCUUCUCUCAUGAGGCUCCAUUUCCAUGACUGGUUGUGA